ACAAACACAGCCGGCUUUGUGUAAACAAAAUCAUGGGGAUUACGAAUCAUACUCAGACAAAGGCAUUGCUUGAUAUCCAAAAAUACGUUGAAAAAUCUCCAGUUUCUGUGUCAGAGUUAUUCAUAGCAACAAGACUUCCCACUAUUCUAUAAAUAGAACAGGUUAUUCCGGGAUUGUGUGUAUUGAGAAGUGCAGGACUUCCCAGAAUCGACGUCAUGUGACAUGACUGUUGUAUAUAACUGUUCGAUUGUCGAGCUCGGCGGCCAAAACAGUGUUUAGUCUAUAACAGAACAACGGGUGGAUACAUAGUGAAUCCAAAGUAGGACUUGGACAUCCGUCGGCGAUAGUUUUUCUGAGGAAAAGGCUGCUGAAUUUCACUAAAAAUGGUUGUGUCACGGAAAACAACACCUAUCAUGAGAAAGCCGAUUCGACCCAUUGAACGCCAAAAGAUGAGGCCAUGGUUGAUGAAUCUGUUGCUCCAUGAAAACAUCACUGGCCUGUCUUGGUUGUCAAAGAGGGACCGAACUUUUCGGAUAUCUUGGAGACACGCAGCUCGCCAGGGGUGGAACCCAGACAAGGAUGCCGACCUGUUCGAGAAAUGGGCACGACACACGGGUAAGCACAUGGAUAACGAUGUUCCCGAUCCCAAAAGAUGGAAAGCCAACUUCCGUUGUGCGUUGAACAGUCUCCCGGAUGUUGCUGAAGUGAAGGAACAGGGGGUCCGAAAGGGACAAAACGCCUUCAAAGUUUACCGUUUUCUGGAAGAGAAAAGGUCAAAGAUCACAAAACCGAUUGAAGAGAUCGAGGUGAGGGCUAAAUCACCUGUCCGUGCGGCCACCAGACCUCAACGUACCCGCAUCCCCAACCGGAGGUAUACAUACUCGGACAGCGAGAGUGAUGCCGACAGCGUGGAUUUCAUUGACGAUGGUUCCCUGUCUGGGGUUGCCUCUCCUGGCUCUGUCAGGUCUGACAGUGGGGACGAAACAGCUUGUUCAGCAUCUGAUGCGGAGUCACUUCCGGAAGUAAGACCGGAAACGGAACAUCAUGAAUUUCCAAACUUUGACAAAAUUUGCCCAGACUACCACAUAGAAAUCGACCCUCUAAAAGCCAGACUCCAGACACAACAGUCCACAGAUGAUUCUGCGUCAAUUACCAGCAGUACAUUAACAGACGAGGAGGUUGUGGAGAUGCUGUUACUAGAAGAUGUUAUAAAACCUGAGCAGAUCUCAACAAACGAGGCUCUGUGGACAGCUGGGAUUGUACCCGAUAUUGCAAUGGAGGAAGAUGUAGAAACCACAUACACCAUACUUCAAAACUCCAGCCCAUCUCUCAUGGAGUUCCAGGUUGUGUGCGAGACAGAUGCUGUAAGAACAGAACAGAUUCCUAUUGGCUUACAACAGGAAACGGUAUACACAAGCAUACUUGACUUAUGAGCUGGACAUUUUCUGAUGUCUGUGAUAGUACUGUCCCAAACUGUGCUGACUUUGGCUACAUUGGUUGUGUUGUGCUAAUGGCAUUGGUAUGAUGACUCGGUGGCUUGUGUUUUUCUCGGCGACAAUCCACUUCUCUUGCAAUAUCAAAAUACAUUGUAAUGCUUUCUUGAUAUCGUGCUACAAAGAUUAAAAAUUUGUAAAAUACCUUCAGAGAAAAAGCUACAAGUCAUCAGUGACCACCUUAUAUGGAGUGAAAGUGUUGACUACUUUACUACCAGUACAAGUGAUAAAAAUGCACACUACAGUAAUGAAGUGCUAACCUUACUUCCGGUGAAAGUGCUAAAAACAAUUAAUGCUUAUUAUCUAGAAUCUAGAGUGUUAUCCUUAAUCAUUUCCAGUGAAAGUGCUAAAACACUUAAUAAGUAUUAUCUAGAGUGCUAGAGUGCUAAAAAAGUAGUAAAACACUUUUAUAGUUAUGAUCUAGAGUGCUAACCUUACUUCCGUUAAAAGUGGUAAAACACUAUCAUAGUUAUGAUCUAGAGUGCUAACCUUACUUCCGUUAAAAGUGGUAAAACACUAUCAUAGUUAUGAUCUAGAGUGCUAACCUUACUUCCGUUAAAAGUGGUAAAAGAUAACCGUUUCAGUACUUAAACAAGGUAGUCAUCAACCCAUUAAUAAAAUAUUAUGUUGGACCAAGUGUAUUGCGGCGGAGCAGUGUGUAUUAGAUUCUAUUUGUGAUCUACCUAUUGACAGAGUAGCAUUCCAUGUGCAAUAAAACUAUGUAAAACAUGCCAUAUGAGGUUUUGCUCUGGCUGACUUUGUAGGAGUUUGUGAUAAAUGUUGUACUAGAUUUUUACCUUAUAAUGGACAAAACUGUUUUUCCAUCUACUAUGUUACUUUGAUAAUAAGGACAAACUAGUCAUUAUGUAGAUACGCACAUCUGUUUGUCCGGUUGUAAACAUGUACAUAAUCAAUUGUUUACGAUUGUAUAUACGAUUUGUGUUUGUAUGGUCAUUAUUGUGAUUGAUUGUCAUCAACGCAAUUGUUAUGAGAUUAUGUAUUACAUUGUCAAAAAUAAAAUAAAACAACAUAUGAAUGGU